GACCACAAACAAAGCCGUCCCUCCUCUCUGUCUCUCUCUCUUAAAUUUUAAAUCUUUCUUCCCGAAAUUAGAAGAAGGACUUGGCUUCUAUAUCAUCUCACACCUCAACAAAAAGCCAGACACUGUUCUCAGCUCUCUUUCUUCUACUUCUUCAACCGCUUCUUCUGUUCAGCUUUUUGUUUAAGCUGAACGUUCUGAAGCUCAUUUCACAUAUACACAUAUAUAUUCCUAGAAGUGCUUUUGGCUAAAGUGCUUGAUUACCAAGUGGCUGGUGUUUAUUUCAAGUUGGGGGGUUGAGAGAAUGAGUGCUUCAAAGUUCAUUAAAUGUGUCACAGUUGGAGAUGGAGCUGUUGGGAAGACCUGUAUGCUCAUUUGUUACACCAGCAACAAGUUUCCUACCGAUUAUAUACCCACAGUUUUUGACAAUUUUAGUGCAAAUGUGGCUGUGGAUGGGAAUAUAGUGAACUUGGGGCUAUGGGACACCGCAGGCCAGGAGGAUUACAGCAGGUUGAGGCCGCUGAGUUAUAGAGGUGCAGACAUAUUUGUGUUAGCUUUCUCUUUAAUUAGCAGGCCAAGCUAUGAGAAUGUUCUUAAGAAGUGGAUGCCGGAACUUCGUAGGAUUGCUCCCAAUGUUCCAAUUGUUCUUGUUGGUACAAAGCUAGAUCUUCGCGAGGACAUGGGCUAUCUAGCCGAUCAUAUGGGAUCCAACAUCAUAACUUCUGCUCAGGGAGAGGAGCUGAGAAAACAAAUAGGUGCUGCAGCUUAUAUCGAGUGCAGCUCGAAGACCCAGCAGAAUGUCAAAGCUGUUUUCGAUACUGCCAUUAAGGUUGUUCUUCAACCUCCGAGAAGGAAGGAUAUGGCUAAGAAGAAAAGGCACCGGAGAUCUGCUUGCUCAAUUGCGAGCAUUGUCUGUGGAGGCUGUGAUGUUUAGGAUGACACAGGAGGAAUGCUAACCACCCGCCGUGUGGAACAUAUAGUUGUCUUUUACAGUUUCUCUUGGGGGUUUACUGGCUUAAUCCUAACAGGCCGUAUAUUCUUAUGUGUGUAUUGUAUUUUCAAGCAUCGUUAAAUUAAACCGAAACAUGUUCGUUUUUAUUUCGCCAGCUGAAUGAAUGGAGUGGGAAGUGGAGGGA